AUGGAGCUGGGAUUACUAUUCCUCUUUGGACUUACAAUUACGUCGACUGCAGGGUCCUCGCCGCCGCGGCCCCGCUCGCUGCCGGGGGGCGAGCCGCGCUCCGCGGCGCUGGGGCGGGAGGUGAGCGAGUCGGCGGCGCUGCUGGGCGGCGGCAGGGCCAAGGCGGACGGCGGCGCCCUGCGGCGUCGGGCCCGGCGCUGCACUUGCUACACCUACAAGGACAAGGAGUGCGUCUACUAUUGCCACCUGGACAUCAUCUGGAUCAAUACCCCUGAGAGGACUGUUCCAUAUGGACUAUCUAACUACAGAGGCAGUUUUAGAGGCAAAAGGUCUACAGGCCAGAUUCAAAGUACUUUCCAGUCUUCAUUUCGGUGCUCUUGUUUGGAUGCACAUGACAAACAGUGUAUGCAGUUCUGCAGGAGAACUCAAGACAGAAGAAGAAAUCAUGGAUCAGUGAAAACAAUAGAGAAGAAAGAUGUAUGCAGAGAAGAGGAACAUGCUUUCAUUGAGUAGCACAGAGAGUUUGGGAGCUUCUGAACCAUCAGGUUUAACGUUUAUUUGCUGAAGCUCAGAAGCAAGAACUUAAACUACAUCUCUCCAUUGAGAUGGACAAACUUGAUGCUUCAGUCUGAUGCCAGUGGAGAAUCCAGAAGCACGUAACACUAAAUUUCAUCAAUGCCAAUUUGAGGGCAUGUGAACCUGUCUGACGAAGCUUGCUCCCAUGCUCCUCUCAUGAGAGUCUCAGUAAAGGAUAAUCAUCACGUAACUUGGCAGGGAAUGUUUCAGCGUCAAAGCAAAAUUCAAAGGAGGAUUCAAAAUGYAGCAACACAAAGUUUCAGGAAUCAUUUUUUUCAACCUGACUUUAUAAAGUACAAUAGAAAUAUGCUGUUCCACUGACUACUUGCUGUCUGCC